UCAUCCAUCUACUAUACCCUCCCAGUCGUCUCGUCAUCCCGUCCUCACCCUUUCGCCUUCUUCUGUCCAUAUAAAUCGUUCACUUUUCACUUGUACUGCUAAACUUUACCAUCCUGGCUGGCCGAACACCCAAAUUCAUGGACGUUUUCAAUCCAAAAAUUCUCGAUGCCUCCAUUCGAGAUGUUGCAUACUGCCUUUCGGAUAACCAGAAAGCGGAUCUACUGCUCUAUGCAAUGACGAGUCUGAAGUAUACUAGACAUAAAGUUGUUAUCGAAAACGCUAUCCAAGCUUGCCUAUCGAUUCAUGCUCUUUCCCCGUCAAUUGUCGCCAAGGCUCGGAUCCUACGUGCACGUCUACGUUUGGAGGCCGGCUCGUUUAUAGGUGCUCAAGAAGACCUCCACGCAGCUCUGCUUGCAGAACCGGAUAAUCCAGAAGCAACUGCACUCCUACACCAACGCUCCGUUGCCGUGGAGAAGCUUCUCGCUCCCACGGAACAUCGGAUAUCUAAUGAAGUCUGGCGCGAAAUAGCCUUAUUCCUUCCUCGUCGUGAUUUGAAGACACUACUCUCAGUCCCCCAUCCUUUAUCGCGCGUUGCGUCUCAGCUACUUUUCCGAAAAGUCGACCUGCAUUUCGGCGAGGAGGAAGGACAGUUGUUCGACGAGGGAGAAGGCAGAGAAUGGGAAAAAGAAAGGGAUAGAGACCAACGAACGGCCGACAUCCUCACCCGCGUCAUUACCGACCCUUCCUUCGCCAGCGUCGUUCGCACCCUACGGAUCUUCGCCACUGUCAACAGCCACAACUCGUUCCAGACAGGAAUACUGUCGAAUGCCCUCCCGAAGAUGAUAAAUCUGAGGCGGGUUCAUAUAUCUUCGAGCGCCGACGGUGUCCUACCCGUGCUAAAGAUUCUCCAAUCGUGUUCACCGAAGCUGAAUGGUCUCUCGCUGCAUGUCCCCGAUGGGCUGUUCGAGCUGAGCACCCUCACUUUGAACCAUAUCGCCAACUUUGCUUAUCACGGUGGUGGUAGUGGUAACGGAGGGGCACAGAACCCCCAUGCUUUCCUUGCCCAGCAUCGUUCGACGUUACGGACGCUCUCCCUGGAGAAUCAAGCCUGGACAUUCCCCGUCGACGCUCUUUCGCUCCGGAACCUCACUCAUAUCCAUUUCCUCGGACAAUUCCCUCUCAAUAGCCAGGCCAUCGGGACGAUCCUCACCCACGGCAUGCAACUCGAAUCCCUUUCCCUUGCCUGCCUCCUCGACUGCGCUCCUUCUUCCCAAUUUCGCGUCGCUCAAGGAGAGCUUCCCUUCCUCCGACACUUUGCCUUUUCAGUCCAAGCGAUGAACCGACGACUGACAGACCGCGACCUCUUCCCCGCUAUAGCAGAGUUCCUGCGAGGCCGUGUCGACCUCCGCACGCUGUCGCUUCUCGUCCCCGCCGAGCCUAUUCAGAAAGCUGUAGGGUUCGACGCGUCCGUGUGGGGUGUACUACCCAGUCUGACGGGUCUCAAAGGACUGGGGAUCACUUACCCGAGAGAUCUCGCCCCUGGUUUGGCAGCGUGGCUGAUCCCUCGAAGCGUCGUGAACCUCACACUGAACGGGCUGGUAGCCGGUAUGCGGGAUCUCCGUCUCGGGGUACCCCCAGGCUUGAAGUUCGUCGGGCUCGAUACGAGUGGGAUGGGAACUGGCGAAGUUGCUGGUAUCGUCGAGCAGGGCUUCCCGAUGGUGAGGGUCGUGAGGGUCGGGCCGUCAUAUUGGACCGUGCAUAGGAAGAAAAGGAGUGGUAGGAAAGGUGAAGAUGGGGGCUUCGAGUUGGAGAAGUGGCCUGCGAGGAGAGCGAGGUAUCAUGUUAGUGAGUGGCUUGAGUGGUUUGGUUGCGAGGAUGCGUUGGGCGUCGAGGAUAUUUAUGGUAUCUGAAUUUGCUUUGCUUUGGAUCUACUCUACAUGCUGUAUCAUUUGGGACUGAGCCGUUAAUCGUAAUCUAUAUGUGGAACCGUAUCUGUUCACAGUAGCAGCUUGAAAGUUUGCUUGAUGGCGGC